AACGAACAUGACACUGCUAGACCAGUGGGAGCGUGCCUGCCCUGGCUGGCCCAGGCCGAGCUUGCAGGACGCCGAGCAGCAACAAGCCGGGCAACAAGCCCCAGGGGCGCCGUCGUCCGUAAAGAAGCCCGAGAUCAAGAAGGAGGGGAGGGGGGGAACGAUGGAGGACGGAUGAAAAGGAGAGGACAAGCAUGA